UAAUACAGGAAAUGUUCUCAGAUUAAGAAAAAAAAAGUACAUUAUUUUUAUAUUAAUAGAAAAUUUACGUGAUUUUAAUUUUGGUUUUUAUAUAAAAUUUAUGCAAACUGUAUAAAAAAAAAAUGCAAAAAAUUUUUUGACGUAUAAUGGUUUAACGUGCGGAACAGAGUAUUUCUUUCUAUUUGUACAAACGUUAAUGAGCUAUAUAGCUAAAACAUUAUAAAACUUAAAGUCCUGCUGAAUAGAAAGAUGUUUUUAGAGCGUUUAUGAUUUAAUAAAAGACUUUAAUCGUGCUCGUCGUGCAUCUGAUAUGUCGAAUAAAAAGAGAAAUUUGUUGUUUCAAAUUUUUAUAUUUGCCUGCUCUUUUAUGAGCAUUAUUUCACAAGUUUUUGAACUGACUGAAGUGUCUUUUGACUUGUAUACUCGAGAUAAAGAUGUAAUGCUUGUUGAGUUUAUAAUGCCUUGGUGCCGACACUGUCAAGCUUUACAACCAGAAUGGGAAAAGGCUACACAAAUUCUAGCAGAGAAUAGAGAGUAUGUUAUGGGAAAGGUAAAUUGUUGGGAGAGUGGGAAAUCUCUUUGUGAUAAACUGAAAAUUGCCAUGUACCCAGAAAUCCGGUUAUAUAGACACGGAGUGUAUACAGAAACCUAUGAAGGCGAAAGAACUGCAGCUGCUCUUCUGGAUUUUGUUCAAAGAGCUCAAGCAACAGCAGGUCACGUAGGGCCACCUGCAACUUCUUCUAUUCUGCAAGUUCCAGUUGCAACUCCUCCUGCACCUCAACAAGUUGCAAUACAGCCACCUGUUUUGAAACCAACUAUGCCACCUUUGCAAUAUCCUCAGUAUAAUCCAACACCUCAGCCUUAUCCACCGGCAUAUCCACCUGAAAUCCCAAGUGUAAGUUACUCUUCACAGCCUAAUCAGCCCCCAAUACAACAGCAACUUUAUCCUCCAAAAGUUCAACCUCCACCAUAUUUUCCUCCACCACCUCCCCCAAGGUUACCGCCACCAAUGCGACAAGUUCCUCAGCCGUACAAACCAUUGGCACCACCAUAUCUCCCACCUACACCGCCAAAAAUGGUGGUAACCUCUGAGCAAUUCUAUACAACUCCUCUAAGUGGUGCAUAUCAAGCACCCCCAGGAGCAAUAAACUUACCCAUCCAAACUAUUUCAGCUAAACCAGAUCAAGAAUUCAACUUCUACGAAACAAUUGUUCCACCUCCACCAAAUUCAGGAUCAAACUUUCAAGUCCAAGAAAUGCCAAUGGGUAACUUCCAACCACCCAAUAUAGCAUCCGCAUCCGUAGCGGCGCAACGACUUGGUCAAACCACUCUUGGUAAUGGGCAAUUCAUCCCAGGAAGAGAAACUCCAGCAUUCGAAGCACCACUUCAAACACCUUCAUUACCUAACAUUGAGUCAUUAUACGGACCACAAAGGGAAGUGCAAGGUGUUCCUGCUGAUGUCUACAGCCAAAACGGUUACGAAACACAACAGCAAUACACUGCUAACAUACCAAACGCCGCUAACCAAAUGUCAUUCACGACACCAAUAAAACCUAAUUAUAUACCACCACAAACAUACAGAUAUACACAUAACAUGAAAGCAUCUCAAUUACAACAACCGAAACCCAUGUACUAUUCAUACCAAGGUGCGGCUAAAAACGAACAACACGUAAAAGACAAUGCGGGACCGUCAUUACAUGGACCUUCAUUAGCUAAUUACUUAGCUACUUUACAAUCACCACCAGCUAGUAUACCACCAGCUGCACAACAGUACCAACAAAAAUAUCAAACACAAUCACAGCAGUAUAAUAAACAACAACAGCAACAAUAUAAAAAUCCACAGACUGGUGCCGGCAACCCGCAUGGUUCCGGUCCUUCCGAUCUACCUUAUAACCAUAAGACACUCUCCAAUCCAUUUGCUUUAUUUGCACCUGAAGGUAAGCAGAGUUACUUUUUAAAUCAAAUACCAGAUGGUGAUUCUGAUUUAGUAAACUUAAUAGAUAAAAUACCAGGUCAAUAUUUCAUUCUAACUGACACGACCACUAACACUAACAAUGACGACAAACCAUUAUUAAACAGUGUGGAUUCAGACAAGGCAAUAAAUACACAAUUACAAGCAUCAACGCCAAUAUCGCCACCUUCGCUUAACGAUCAAAAUCAGUUUAAAUCAGAAGAACAUCCGUUAACAUAUUUAGAAAAUAAACUUCUAAUGCCAGAGUCAGAUCCAAGUAACGGAAACAAGAUAUUACCAACGUUGCAAGAGCAGCAGCAAAAUCAAGUACAAGAACAAACUUCACUUGCAAACCAAGAGCCUUAUACAGGACUACAGCAACAACAAACAGUAGAACAACAACAACAAUUGUUACUUGAACAAAUAAAGAAGUACCAAGAAGCUCGAUUACAAAGUGGGGAAAUGGCGCAAGGUGGUGGAAUGGCGCAAGGUGGUGAUGUAGAGCAGAGUAAUAUUGAACAAUCUCAAGAUCAAAGUCAGACUGAACAAAAACUUUCUCAACAAGAAUAUAAACAACAACCGUUGACAAACCUAGAUAAGAGUUCAGAUUUUUACGAACAACAACAACAAAUACAACAACAAAAUCAACAACAGCAACAACAACAGCAACAACAACAGCAACAGCAACAACAACAGCAACAACAACAACAGCAACAACAACAGCAACAACAACAGCAACAACAACAGCAACAACAAUUUCAAAACCAAUAUUUAAACCAAUUUGAAAAUGUAGUUACUAAUGUAGCUCAAGCGCAAGAAAAAAUGUUUCAAGACACAUCGGGUGUUAUUCACUACUCUAAAAAAGAAGAUAUGCCUCAAGUGAACAAUCUCAAAGUAUCUUACGAUAAAAGGUUGAACCAGUACCUUAACAGUGACAAAACAAAGGAGACAAAUUAUCCUAAUCCAGCUCCGUUGGUUUAUCACUUCGGAAACAGUACAUGGCCUCACGAAAAAGUCAAGUUAAAACUGAGUUUUGAACCAUCUGCAAAUGGUAAAUAUGAAAUGAAAGUAAAUGGUCCAUUUGACGUUUACGGCAAAAAAAUACCAAAGGUGGCUAGAAAUGAAGUAAAAAUGAAGAAUGUUGAUUACGAUCACCUUUCUGACGAAGACAAGUUAAGACUUUCACAACAAAUAAAUAGGGAAGAAAUCAUGGAAGAUGCUCGCGAAAGUUACGACUCAAAAUAUUUACCCCCAACAAACAGAGGUUAUAAAAGCCCUCCGUCGUUUUUAAAAUCUGACGAAACUGACGGAAUACGAAGACCAUUAGUUAGAGUAAACAUUCCGCGAUACGCAAACAAAUCGGUCGUUUUAACUAACAUUUUACCUGGUUCAAAAAAAAGUCUUUCUAUUAAGUUGCCCGUGAAUGUUUCACUUGAAACAGUUUUGAAAAAUAUUUAUAAUCACAUGUACGAGUACUAUUUUCAUAAAACACCGUCUGAGAGCAACACAAAGGAAGAAGCAACAGCUCGUAAAGUUAUUCAAGAACUAAUCAACAAAGAUAUGAAAAACAUAAGUAACUAUAUAUCAACACAAACCAAAGGAUUAAUUAACAACAAAGUAAGUUCAAAAUCGUUUGAAACCUCUACUGUGCAAGGUGAUCUUCCUGCGUACGUUCGACCAAAUACAAUUGUAGAACCCAUUGAAGAGAAUAAUCUGAGGAUUGAACCAAUUCAAACAAUAUUUUCAUAUAAUAAUGCCUCAAUAAUUCAGCCAAAUUCAGAGAAUGCAGAAAUUGAAAAAAAAAUGGAGCAAGUCAAAGUAGAAGGUUCUGAAAGCACAUCUGCAACUCAGUCUGAUCAAAGCAUCUUAUCUUCCAAUGAUCACGACAAUUAUAGAGAUUCCGAGCAAGGAAUAACCCGAAGUAAUUUUCCGCCCUAUCAAGAAAAUCAACGAUAUACUCUGAAGCUUCGCGGUUCUUUAGAAUCAAAUAUAAAAACGCUUGAGUUCAUACAUAAAAAUAACUUGAUCAAUAACGAUAACAAGGAUUUAGUCAAUAGUUUGUUGAGUCUACCUUUAUCGGCAAUUGCUGAAGAACAUUAUAAAAAAUCAACUGUUGGUCGACAAAACAUGCCUUUUGCAUUCAGUCCACAAACUUCUAGUAUUAAACAUCAAAUUACUUCGCAACUGAUUAACAAUAGCACCGUAGAUAAACUUCAAACUAUAAACGGACUUGAUAAAAAUUCCGUAAAAUUUGAAAAACCUUACAAAGCAAUUCCUCUUUUAAAACCGCAUAAACCGUUAAAAAGUUUGAAAGAUUAUAUUAUGCCAAUUUCAAAUGAAGCAAAUUAUUUCCUAAUUGAUACAACAGGUGUUUCCAAAAACAAACCUAUGAUUAUAGAAACAGUUGCUGAGUAUUUGAAGAAAAAAAAUUCUCACCCGCAAAAAAGCCAAAACCAAUAUAACGUUAAAGAUUCUCAUGUAUUUAAUCGUAUGAUAUCUAAAAAGCCAUUAGAAACAUACAAGUUCAACAGCAGAGCAAAACCUGCAUUCAAAACAGAAUACAACAAUGACAAAGACCACUACUUCAAACCUGUACAAAACCUACAACAAGUAUCUUUUUUAAAUAAACAGCAAGAUGUGCAAAGACCUUUAUUCAAUUCUCAUGAAAUCAAAGCCGAUUCUCGGAGCUCAAACUUGUUUCUAAAUUCCAAAUCAAAAUUUAAAAUUCAAAAUCCAAAAAGUUAUGACAAUAUCAUAAGUAAAAGUAUUCAGCCUAUGAUUGGUUCGACUUCAGCAUACGUAGGUAAGCAAAAUGACGGGUCAUACUCAAUAAAUUUACAAAAAGUUAAAACGGAAUUUUCAGAUACCAGUUAUCGCUCGGGUGUUAACUCAGUAGAGCCAAAUAUGAACAAGGCUAUAAGUUAUAAAAAUGAAGGUGAUGAUGUUAUUAUUGGAGAACCACGUAUUAUUGGAGAGUCUCCAGAUAUUAAGGAGCAACAUAAUAUGGAAAUAUUAAAUAAAGAUGAGACGCAACGACCUUUUAAAAACGCAGAUGAGUUUUUUGGUAGUUCUAUUAUUGAAAAAAACACACUUGAGGAUAAUCAACGACCUUUUAAUUCAAAAACAUCAAAAAGCAACCAUUUAUAUAGUGAUAGUGCGAGAUAUAAAGGUAGCGUUUAUACCUUAGACGAGGAGUUAAAAGAAACAGAAAGAAAAAAUGGAAAAUCCAGCGAUGCUUCUGAAAGCAAUGACGAACAGUGGGAUAAAAAAGUAUUUGUACCAGGAUCCAGUAAUAUGAUAGUCUCUCGCAAUUUACAAGGUUCCAGUAAUGUAAUAGAUUCUAGUAAUGCACUAGGUUUUAGUGAUGUACAAGAUUUCAGAGACUUAGCAGGUAAUCUACCACGUGAGGAUAAUGUUAUAUCUAAAAAAAGUUCUAUUCCUUCCAGUCCUCUAUUUACAAAUGAUGAAAUUUUAGAUCAACGUAAUCGCAUUAUGAGGCAUAAGCUUGUCUUGAUGAAGCGAGAUAAAGUUUUAAACAAACGGAUGAACAAAGAAGACGAGUAUAGUAUGAAAAACGUAACUAAUACAAACAAAAUGCCCGAAAACAACGCUCUCGAUAAUUUAAGCCAAGUUGGUGAAAAAGCACUAAACGAUAAUUACCAAGAUAACAAAACCCUAAGUAAAGAUUUUAAUGCAACGCAAAGAAUUUUGCAAAAAAGAGACAUUAUCCAAAAAAAAAAAUCUCUUAGAGAAAUUAAAACGACUAAAAAAAAUACAAUUAGACAUACUUCUACAAUAAAGAAAAAAAAGAAAAAAACGUUUAUUGCACUUAAUAACGAAACAAUAUUUAAAAAAGAAGAUUCUGAAUUUGCCAACUUUACAUUUAACCCCAAAAAAAACGUAAGUCAAAAUCUUUUUGACGACAGUGACAUGGGACAAUUGUUGCCAAUGGAGAAUGAAGACUACGGCUUAUCAGCCUCACUAGAACCAGAAAAAAAAAUCAUUAUUAAAACAAGUGACAUAACAGAGAGAGUUAAAUAAAAAUAAUAUAAAGCGUAUAUUAUCAAGACAACUCAAUUUUUCAAUUAUAACUUUAAAACGAAACUUUAUCUAUGGAAGUGUUCUGUAUUCAACACUAAGUUAUUAUCACAUUUAGAAAUGACAUUUGAUCAAUGUAACAAGUGUGCACUUAUCAAGAGGAUAUUAAGUUAUAAUCUUUAUUAGACUCAACCCUUUAUUAAUACAGCCAGAAAUGAAGACGAAAAAAUGAAGGCAAAUUCUCCUUAAUGCAAUAUUCAAUCUUAUAUUGAAUACGCUAAAUGAAACAUAUUUCAUAAUAUCUGCACAAUUUGAGUAAAUCUAUGAAUUUUUUUAUUAGUAACCGUGAGCAUUCAACCAUGAGCAUUCAAUUUGUAAGCAUUAAACAAUUAGUAAGCAUUCGUAAAACUUUUGAAAUGGUAAAUAAUAGAGUUAAGAAGCAAAUAGUUUGCUCUAACUUUAAAUGUUAAUUUGUAAAUUAUGCGUAUAUUCUGUUUAAUUAUGCGUAUAUUUUGUUUGCGUCUGUCAAACUGUACUAUAUUUUUAUUGAAUUUCGAUACUUUAUUACCAAUGUAUAUUUAUCAUAAGUUUAUGUCAUAACGUUUAUUAGAUAUGUCAUAUAGUGUAAUAUUUAAAUGUAAAAGAUCACAAAAGUUUUUAUAAUCCACUAUAGCAUUUAUAAAGUAUUAAAAAUUUGUAAAAAAAAUGAAAGUAAA